GACCGGUCCAUAUUAUGAUAUCGCUGGUUGAGUUUGUAAAAUGGAUUGUUUCAUGUUUUGGUUUCUGUAAUUUUUUGUUCUAGUUUCUGGUCCAUGACUUCUUGAGCUUCCAACAUAAAAAAACGAAAGAUGUGUGCCUAAUUUGGGAAUCGAAAAUCAAAGACUCAAAUUGUAUUAUAUAAAUAGUUUGAAAAAUGAGCGACAAUAUUCAUAAAUGCCACAAUCCCCAUUGGCUUCAAUAAUGUCUGGGCACGCAGUUGUUGUUUGGGAAUAUGAAAUAAGAUCUGGUUACUGGAAACCUUAUAGCCCAGCAGUUAGUCAACAUUUGGAAAGGGCAAAUGGAAAGCAGCUCACCAGAGUUAUUCUGUCGGAUGCGGAUCCUACUUUGUUGAAUUACUUUGUAAAUUUAAGGACCUUAACUCAAGAGUUGGAAGAAUCAGGAGACAUCGUACCUGUCAGAAGAAAAUGUUAUUCGCCGUCUUCCCCUGCAGGUAAGGGUGCUAGGUGGGAAUGUGCAGGUUCUGAUCAUGGUCAAGAAUGGCAUCCCUUUGACAUGGACAUACAGUGUCUGAUUGAAGAGGCUUGGGCUAGGGGAGAUCAAUUACUGGAUAUGAGUAAAACUCAUUUGGGCUUUCCCUAUUUGAUUAACUUCAGUAAUCUAACUCAAAGGUGGUUAACCAACGGAUAUAUGAGAAAUGUAAGAAGAAUCAAACAAGCUCCCUACCCUCUUGUCAAAGUCAGAUUAGAAGAAUUAUCUGCUGUAACAG